AAACUCAUCUCUGCAUCAUCCCGAGCCCAUCCAGAGGGAAGAAAGUACAAAGAGCUUGUGUUUCCCACCCAUGGCAGAGAUUACAACCUACAUCUCAAUCUCGUAAACUGAUGGCAUUCCAGGCCGCUCGGUGAUCAUACUACGACGGACGAUGAGGAGAGAGAGGAGCGUAUAACACCUCUGCUUGGCAGCGAGUGGUGGCGUGCUGUAACCUGACUCUUCACGCCGCAGAAACAAGAUAAAAUCCUCAUCAGCAGCAGGUGUCUCGUGUCAUCGGCUCUUCCCUCCCUCGCAGAUUGUGCCUCCACUAUUCCUGCUCCGCAGGUGAUGGUGGGGAAGCGAGACGUGUGCCUGCUGCCAUUUAGAAAUCAUAGACCCCUGUAAGUGUGGGUUAAUUUAUUGGAUGUAGCAGUAGGAUACAGAGAAAAGAUUGAAACAUUCAUGUGAUGUCACAGGAACAUGGUGUUGGUCAUCUAGAUACACGAUCUGUGAUCAGCUGCUGAGUCGUGGUGCAUACACUAUAGCUUCUGACUUUCACUGCAUGUUUAUGGGAAGCUUGAGGAGGAAAUAUCCAGCAUUCUCUAAAUGUCGUGUCGUUGGAUGUGCCAGAUUUGAUGACAGAUUGAGACAGCGCGAAACCAAACAACAUUGAAUCAUUCCACACCUCAACGUGAGAAUGAGAGAACGGGGGUGAAAGUAAAACAAGAAACUCUGCAAACAAAGCCUGUUUUCUCUCCAUCCCUCGCUGGUCUGAGAAUCUCCACGAGACGUUCAGCAACGCGUUCCAUUCUCCUCUCUCGUUCAGAUGCAAGCGAUGAAACGCUCUGUCAACGCUGGCUGCUGAGUUGUGUGCACUGGACUGACCACCGCGCCAAAAUUCAGCAUGGAAUUACCACAAUCUCCAGUCCGGCCAUUUCUUUAGAGAUCAGAGUUUGCUGAUAAUACGAUUGACCAACGGCAAACAUGGAGGCGAUGGAAAUGAUGGAGAUGAUGAUGAUGGUAGGAUCGGGAAGAAAGAGGUGGAAAAGAUGGAAGAGAUCUUGGUUUGUUCUUCGAGUCGUAGCCAUCUGUUUGAUGUUGCUUGUAGGUGAUGUCGUAGCGACCAUUGUCAACACACCUGAGCCUAUAGAAGAUUUCUCAGCCAAACUCGUCAACGGCCAUGUUGCUAAUGCUGGUCUCCUGGUCAUCUUCUAUCAAGGUUCCUGGGGUACAGUCUGCAACAACACCUGGACGAUCACCGAAGCUCACAUCGUCUGCAGGCAAAUGGGCUACCCAGGUGCAGCACUGGCUUCACAUUCAGAACUUGUCACUCCGCUGGACAAGGAUACCUAUCCAAUCCUUUAUGAGAACUUUCAUUGUAGAGACAAUAGCACCCACCUCUCCAAUUGCCAAUUUGAAGAGUACUCCAUUGAACGUGGUUGUCAGAGCGUGCAGUUACUGUGUCAGCUUCCGCAGCCGACAGACCCUCCUCUCUACUCAUUACGGCUGCUCGGGGGUGAGAGACCAAGCGAGGGCAGACUUGAGGUCUUCGUCCAUGGCAUCUGGGGCACGGUUUGCGAGGAUCGCUUCUCCAAGACGGCCGCCUACGUGGCCUGCCGCCAGCUGGGCUACCCCUUCGCGUUGACCUUCGUGCCCUCAUCGUCGUUUGGCUCCGGAUCAGGUCCAAUAGUUCUUGAUGAUGUUCGUUGCACUGGGGAUGAAAGGAGGUUGUGGGAUUGCUACCACCGCAGUGCCUGGACGCAUAACUGCAAUAAGAAGACAGAGGUCAUUGGUGUCCGCUGCAGCCAAGAGCCCUCCAUGCGAGCGGGUCAAGGCGUGAGAUUGGUACCGACCAAAGUAGGUCUAGUGGAAAUAUUCUACGAGGGCAUCUGGUGGAACAUUUGUGCUGAUCUGCAGUGGGACAAACGUGAUGCCCUGGUGGCCUGUAGGCAACGUGGCUUCCUGUCUGGGUUGCCACGGCGACAGCCCUUCUGCCCAUGGAGCAAGAUGAACUGUCAUUCCAAAUUUGGUGAAUUCAAGUGCAAAGGAACUGAGACCUCACUGGAAGAGUGUGAUUUCUCAACGGAAGAUUUCAAUAGUCCAUGGACGUGCCAGUAUGGAUUCGCUGCUGCAGAAUGCUCUAACGAUGAACCGGACGAGGAUUGGUUUGCUGAUCGAAGCAAUUUAACAGACAUACAUUUGGAUAACUCAACACUCAUACCAAUUAUAAAGAAGAAAAAAUUUGCAGAGGCUGAUGUAAGGUUAGCAGGGUCGGAGGAUGAUCAUCAAGGUCGGGUUGAGAUCUACCAUGAUAACGACUGGUAUACUAUCUGUGACGAUCUGUGGGAUAUUAAAGAUGCUCGGGUGGUAUGUCGUCAGCUAGGAUUUCCCGAUGCCCUGCGAGCCCUGACCCAAGCAACCACCUUCGGUCCUGGUCUGGUCAACAUCCUCCUGGACAACGUGGACUGCAAGGGAGAUGAGGCCAACCUCCUGGAGUGUGAUCAUAAUGAACUCCACAUCCAUGACUGCAUCCAUAACGAGGAUGCAGCCGUCAUCUGCAAGUCUGAGGGUACCGGUCUCAUCACAGCCGCGUCUGGCUCCGCAAGUCAUCUGCCACCUGGUGCAAUCAUCGCAAUAUCCAUGAUCUCAGCGUUUUCUUUCAUCAUCAUUGGUGGCGCCCUACUCCACUAUGCCUGUAAAUCCUGCGACCGCCGCAUCGAGGAAACCUCUUCCCCUCGAGCGCGUCCCACCCCGAUGGUCGUCAUGAUGGUGCACUCAGCCUCGCGCUCUGGCCGAUCCAGCAACGGCUUCCCGCACAACACCCGGCGUUACGACGCCCUCCCUUUUACCAUCUGCUCCAGGACUUCUAUAGGGAGCAGCACCACAAGUCCGGUCUCGAGCCCUGUCUCGCAGAAUGGAACUAUUUGUGAAGAGCUUGAGGCUCUGAGCGGGGGACCGCCCUCUUACGAAAUUGUCUUGCGACACCCAGAUGCCUUUGCCCAGAUGCUCCAAAGCGCGGAAAAUAUAGUGCCCCCGCCCCCCUCAUAUAACAGGUGCAUCUCGCAACAAUGACGUAAGGUACUCAUCUGGUCAAUCAUUAUCAUCGUUCUCGCUUUAGUCACCUUGCCUUGGAUACCACUUGUAGGCGGAUGAUGACAAGCUUUUUUCAUUCCUUUUUUUGUGUAUCUUUAUAGAUUGACAUAUUUUGAUCCAGUUGUUAUAUUUGUGCUGCAAGGAGAUGGAGAACUGUAUCUUCUUCUUUUUUAAAGCUGGUAUGGUAAUUGAAAAUUUAAGCUGAAAACUCAUUCUACCACCAUCCCUACCUCGUCCCAGUAAUGAAUGAUAUGUCAAAAUGCAUAGUUUAUAUGGGUGUGGGUUUUAAGGAGAACACUAAUGAAGCAUCUAUUGCACUUUGUCAAACAGCUGCAAAGGUUGAAAAAGUUGCCUUCGUAUGAAAUCACUCAGACAUAGAAUGCCAACGCCAAUGUUAGAGCAGAGUCAUUAAAACCAGACAGCUUUUACAACCUUUGGUAGCUGCAGUUCUUGUCGGCUGUUGGGUGCUGCAAGUUUGCUUUCACCUGAAGACUUGUGCACUGCUUACGAUGUAAGACUUCUUGACUAGUUCAGACAUUAAUUACAUGACCACAGGACCUGGAGCUUGACCUCCAGUUUGGGGACUGCACAAUCAAAGAUCUGCAGCAUUUUUUUAAUUAACUGGAGUGAGAUUUUUGUAAAUCAAACUGUUAAAAUACAAACAUGAAAUAAAUUGAAUAAAUAAAACAAUAUUUUAUGGCAAUUUAGCUAUUUACUAGGGUUUCACAAACACUGCCAUGAUUUGAAAUUUGUAUAGCUUUAAUGUACAAGACAAGGAUCUUGGAUGUUAGAAUAUACUGGUAAUUAUGCAUCAAAGCUCUUAAUGCUCUCACUAAUCUACCUUGACAUGAAAUGAUAAACUACGGUAUCAUAAGUACUUAAGACUAUUCCUAUUUUGUAUGUACUUUCUACAUUUCUCCCUAUUGAAUCUACUUUUAUCAUGGAAUUUGUCUUUAGUAAGGGAUGUUUUUCUUUCACUUUUUAUCUCCUAUUUUUAUUGACCAGAUGAGUGGAAAGAGAAUAUACUACUAUACAAAAUUAUUAACAUUUUCAAAACUGUUUUAU